GCAAUUUACACAAACGCCCCUCGCCUGCCGCCUAUUUGUAUUUUCCUCGCCUCGCGCCUCCCUCCCCUCCCCUUCCUUCCCCAACGCGGCGGCUGCGGCUCUCCCGAAGAAGGAACCGCCGACAAGGAGCCGCCGCCGCCGCAGGACGCAUGGAGGGCGUCAACGGCUCCGGGGCGGAGUGCGAGCGGAAGCCGCUGUCGGAGGUGGUGGGCGACUGCGUGCAGCGCUGGUUCCAGGACGCGUUCAAGGAGGCGAAGCGCGGCGACACCGCCAUGAUGGUGCUCGUCGCGCAGAUGUACCACUCCGGAUACGGGGUCCCCAAGAGCGAGAACAAGGGAAGAGCAUGGAUGGAAAGGGCAUCAAGAUUCAGGUCUUCUGCUUGGAAGGUUGGCAUGAAACGUCCAGGAUAUAAUGCUAGUGACUCUGAUUCUGACGAGGCAAAUGAUGAUGCCAACCAAUAACACUCAGUUAUGAUCUGAGUUAGUUAGGAGAAUUACAGGGUAAUUAUAAAGGUGGUGGUUUAACUAGUGUCAAUCUCAGCAACGUGAGUGGGCUGGGAUUGCUUUCGAUUGGGAAUCAGCCAUGUUUCAGCAUAAGAAUUAACUCAUUUGUUUUCAUUUCCUUAUCAAAUCAACUUGAGUGGGCUGGGUUUGCUUCGGAUUGGGAAUCAGCUGAACAAUAUCGAACUAUUCAAUUUGGCAAUGUUUGAAUAUAUGGGUUCGUUCAUUUUAA